AAGUUGUUACCCUGUCCCUCUGCGAGCCCGUGGCGUGGUGAUAGUUGAAGGCCGAAACCCCAAGUAGAAGAAGCAUAAGCAGUGGCGAGCGGGAGUCGGAAGAACUCGGCAGCAGAGGAGAGUAGCGGAGACGUGGUUGGGAGGUGGUGGAGCUUCUUGGAGUGGAGGUAUUGGCACAAUGAUUGCUGUUCGUACGUUCGUGAGGCAUUUCUCGCGAAAGCGCGCGGAGAAUCUUAGGAAAAUCAACCCGAAGGUGACCCCUCAAGAGGCCUCUUCCAUUGCUCAAGACCUCUACCACGUCAUCAAGCAGCGCGGCCCUCUAACCGUCUCCAACACUUGGAUUCACGCCCAGGAAUCUGGUAUUAGUGGAUUGAACAGCAAGACACACCUGAAGUUAAUGCUCAAAUGGAUGAGGGGGAGGAAGAUGCUGAAGCUGCUCUGCAACCAUAUUGGUUCGAGCAAGAAAUUUCUGCUGACUACUUUGCCUGAAGAACCUGAAACUGAACAAUUGAAAAGUCCCUCUAGUCUGAAACUGCAGACUGAGAAGCCUUCCAUAAAGCGGAAGAAAGCAAACUAGAUAAGAUGCAUGUAUCAGGGCCUUUUCUUCAGAUCGGCAAACAAAUGGGGAACUUACCGUUUAUGAUCCACUGUGACAUGAGUGCUUCUUUCAGAUGAUGUGUGUUUAACAUCUUUCGUGCAUCAUGAUUGCUGUCAAAAACUUUUUAGCUCUUCCCCUUUACUAUGCAUUUAGAUCCAAUACGGACUACGAAGAUCCAGUCUGUUGAUUAUCAUGCUCUUGUGGGAUUUAGAAUGAAAAUUUUGGGAUCAUAACAGAAUUAAAUACUAUUUUUGUAUCUUAUCA